AUGGAACGAGCAGGUUACGACCUGAUUAUCUGUCAGGAUCCCAGCAAUAUGUGCUGGCUGACUGGAUAUGACGGCUGGUCAUUCUAUGUUCCUCAGUGCGUGCUCGUGCACCUACAGGAGGAUUCGCCUUUCUGGUUCGGGCGUGCACAGGAUGCCAAAGCUGCUCAUGUGACAACCUAUCUUCCUGAUGAAAAUAUUAUUCCGUAUUCGGAAAGUUUGGUACAGCACCCGGUUGAUCAUCCUUACGAUGAGCUAGUGGAAUUCAUUCAAGCGAAAAGUUGGGUCGGGGACAGAAUUGGCGUUGAAAUGGAUGCGCACUAUUACACGGCGAGAUGCCAUUCCACAUUGGUCAACGCAUUGCCAAAUGCUCGAAUUGAGAAUAAUGGUGAUUUGGUCAACUGGGCGAGACUAGUGAAGUCCGACAAAGAAAUCGAAUUGAUGCGAGAAGCUGGACAAAUUGGCACGCAAACGAUGAAUUCAGCGAUUUCCAAAAUUCGUGCAGGUAUUCCUCAAAAUCAAGUGGUUGCCGAAAUUUAUCGUGCGCAGAUUUCCGGCGUCAAUGGCUGCGGCGGUGAUUACGCGUCAAUCGCUCCGCUCAUUCAGGUCGGUGCAGGCACCAGUACACCGCAUUUGACAUGGUCUGAUGCGCCACUACCGAAUGAUGUGCUGACGAUGAUCGAAAUCGCCGGAGUGAGGCGUCGGUAUAACGCACCCUUGACGCGUACGGUUCACAUCGGAAAGGCACCAGACAAAGUACGGGAUCUGGCUAAAGUAUCGUAG